AUGAAGUUAACUACCUUGGGUCUUUUGGGCUUUUUUAGCUCGACCUUUUCAUCCGCAUCAGCUUUGUCAACAAGCUUAUCGGAAUCAUCACAAGAAGAUUUUGAAAACCGGAUAUAUUUUGCUGUCGAACUAGAUUCUAGCUACUCGUCGAUUCCAAACUUAUCAGAGCAUUUUGAAUCUACAAAAGGGAACAUCUUCCCUUCUUCUUGGAACUUUGAAUAUCCUAUCACAGCUGUUCCGAACCACUUUCUUUUUUCAAUUCCCAAAAACAGCCCUGAACCCGAUCUUCCCUCAGAUAUCGGCAGUCAUGAACUUACAUCUUGGAAAUUGACAAAGCGCUCUCCGGAACAUGAAUUACUAAGGCGUCAUCUUAUCAGCAAUGGCGUUGGAUCUCUUGAAAUUUUACCACCUCCUCGGCAGCUUUAUAAGCGAGGUGUUGUUCCGGUAAGCCUUGAUCUCAGCAACGAACCUAUCGUCAAAGCAGCAAUCGAGCAGUUCGACAUUCAUGACCCUAUUUUCCCUGAACAAUGGCAUCUUGUUAACCCUAUUCAAAAAGAACAUCAUAUCAACGUUACUGGGGUUUGGGCUCAAAAUAUUACUGGCGAUGGUGUCAAAAUAUGUGUGAUUGAUGAUGGUCUUGACCUUGAUACCCCAGAUCUCAAGGAUAAUUUCUUUGCUGAAGGUUCUUGGGACUUUAAUGAUCCUGGCCCACUUCCUCGUCCACGUUUAUCAGACGAUCGUCACGGUACUAGAUGUGCUGGUGAAAUUGCUGCAGUGAAAAAUGACGCAUGUGGUGUUGGUGUGGCAUAUACGGCCAAGGUUGCUGGUGUUCGGAUUUUAUCAAAGAGAAUUUCUGCUAUUGACGAAGCGAAGGCCAUUAAUUUUGCUAUGGAUAAAAACGAUAUUUACUCUUGCUCAUGGGGACCCUCUGAUAAUGGUCAAACCAUGGAGGCACCUCCUGAAAUUGUUAAAAAGGCUAUCCUAAACGCUGUUCAAAACGGUCGCGACAAAAAGGGGAAUAUUUACGUUUUUGCUUCUGGUAAUGGCGGAAGUUUAGAUGAUAAUUGUAACUUUGAUGGGUAUACAAAUAGUAUUUACUCUAUCACCGUGGCUGCCAUUGAUAGAAAAGGCCUUCAUCCAUUUUAUUCCGAAAGCUGCAGUGCUAACCUUGUUGUUACGUAUAGUUCAGGAAGUGGCGAUUAUAUUCAUACGACUGAUGUCAAUGGUGCUUGUUCUACGACACAUGGUGGAACUUCCGCUGCAGCACCUAUUGCUGCUGGAAUAUUUUCCUUGGCGCUCCAAGCCAAUCCUAAUUUAACUUGGCGAGACUUGCAAUAUUUGGCAUGGGACACCGCUGUCCCAUUUGGCACUGAUCCCAACUGGCAAAUCACUCCUGCAGGAAAGCGAUUCCACCAUGAUUAUGGCUACGGCAAGCUUGAUGCUUAUGCCAUUGUCGAAAGAGCUAAAACUUGGGAAAAUGUUAAUCCCCAGGCUUGGUACCAUCUUCCUACUAAAAACGAGAAUGCUGAAGUUCCGGUGGAUCAUACUAAAGCUAUUGAAUUCACUAUUAAUGUUACCAAAGAAGACUUGGAGAAGUCUAAUCUUGGAAAGUUGGAGCAUAUCCAAGUACGAGUCAAUGCUCAAUCUACUCGCCGUGGUUCUCUUACCAUAUCUUUGACAAGUCCAAGUGGUAUCACCUCUGAUAUCAUGCCUAAACGCAGAAUGGAUCCUUCUAAGGCUGGAGUUCGUAACUGGAAUUUUAUGUCUGUUGCUCAUUGGGGUGAAUCGGGAGUUGGUGAGUGGAAAUUGACUGCAAAGCAUGUUCCUAAAGGAAAAACUAAAGCAGUUUCUACUCUUUUGGAUUGGCAACUUUUACUUUGGGGUGAAUCAAUUGACCCAUCUAAGGCUGUUGAAUUUGACGGAAAGAUUAGUGCUCUUGGUAGCUUGAAAAGCACUGAGCCUGAAGACACUGAGCCUGAAAACUCAUCCUCGGAAUCACCAUCUCAGGUUUCUUCAGUUGCGUCAUCACUUUCAACUGAAUUAUCGACCUCCACCACAUUUGAUGACGAAUCUACUUCUACUCCUAUAUCAACGUCUACUUCCACUACUUCUGAGUCAGAAACACAGAAUUCCGAUUCUGAAUCAUUUAAUGAGACUGCCACUGCAACAACUUCUCAACUUGAGGAAGGCAAUGGUUCACCUUCAUCGACUGAAAGUGCAAUUGAUGAGUCAGCCCAACCUACUGAAUCUGGAGAACCCAAAGAAGCUGAAAACAAGUCUAGUAGCUUUUUGGGGUCUCUCAUUCCGACGUUUGGAAUGUCAAAAAAUACAGCAGCUUGGGUUUAUGGAUCGGGUCUGCUGAUUUUACUUUUUAUUGGAGCAAUCACAGGAUAUCUUUUGUGGCUUCGUCACAAGAGAAACAAGAAUGCUCUAAAUUACAAAGAUUUCAAUCCUUUGAUCUCCAGUCACAACGGCGAUGAAGAGCUUGGUGAGGAGCUGGACUUUUUGGACGAGUUUUCAUUGGGUAGCCACAGUGACGAUGAACAUGAUGAAUAUGAUGACGAUUUGCCAUACAAUGCAGAAGCUAGUCUUUUGGCAAAACCAACUGGUGGAGUUAAAACCACCUCCAGCACUACAAGCAAUAUAGAAAGCAGUGAACCAACACAAAGCCCACCAGAAUUAAGUGUGGGUAAGAAGGCAGUAGACUUAUACAGCUCUGCUGAAUUAAAUGACAGCGUAACAGAUACUUCCAAUGAGAAAAAAAGUCCACCACAACCAUCAAAUCCUGUCCACGAAGAAACAACAUUAUUCCAUCUGGAAAGUGAGGAUGAAGAGGAAACACCGGGAACAAGCGAAGAUAGCCGAACAAGUACUAGUGGAAGCAAUAACCAAUAA